AUGGAGUAUUGUGAGAAGGGACCACUCAAGGGAGUGAUUCUUGAUCCAACAAUUACAUAUUCAAUGAACACUGUUCUCACCUGGGGAAUCCAAUUAUUUGAUGCCAUUGAUCACAUGUAUCAGAAACACCAAUUGGUACAUCGAGAUAUCAAACCAGACAACAUUUUUGUGACCAAUGAAUACCAGCUGAAGAUUGGCGACUUUGGAUUGGUAAAAGUAGUGGGGGAUGGAACUGUUACGGGGACGUUUGGAAUUGGAACACAACGAUAUAUGAGUCCACCUGAAAUGAAAGAGGAUGGGGCACAACGGGAUGUUUAUGAACAAAUAGAGAAGGCUGACGUAUCGAAUUCCCAUCGAAAUGAUGUCUACAGUCUGGGACUUGUUAUGUGGGAAAUCAUCGAAAGGAGAACAAUUUUCACAAACUAUGAGGAU